AUGGCCGAAAAGCAGUCUGUUUCUCCAAAGCAUCAUGCUAUCCUAAUCGGCAUCGACGCUUAUCCUGACAAAUACAAGUCAUCGCUGAAGGGCUGUGUACGAGACACGCAACAAAUCAGAUCAUUACUCGAGCAGCAACCAUUUCACAUCAACAUCCAGACCUUGACGGCCACGCAAAGCUCUGAUAGUAGCAUCACGGGGCCAGUUGAAGAUUCUGCUGCGUUACCAACCUAUGACAACGUAAUCAAGGCCUUCAGAGAUUUGACCUGUGCGGCUCAAUCUGGAGAUUACAUCUACAUCCACUACUCUGGACAUGGCACCCGCAUCGCUCCCACCGCCAAGGCAUUCUCCAACCAGCACACCGGAGACUUGGCUCUAGCGCUUCUGGGUGGUGAAAAUGGAGACGAAGUAAGGCCCCUUGGAGGGUACAAGUUAGCAGUUGCUCUGAAUGCAAUGGUGGUGAAAGGACUGGUUGUCACUCUAGUCCUCGACUGUUGUUUCGCAGCAAGUAUUUAUCGCCUGGAUCGUACUGAUAUUCGAUUCAUUCGAAUUGAUCCGGAACUUGUAUCUGCAUACUUCGCCGACAAGAGUUUGGCAGAGCAGGAUGCGGAAACACCUGACUCAGACUACCGCGAUGCAUCUAUGCUGCCAAGCUGGCUAAUUAACCCGAAUGGUUAUGCACUUCUUGCAGCUUGUGGUCCUCAUGAAGAGGCUGGCGAGAUAAUCCAUAAAGGAGAAUCCCAUGGCGCCUUAUCCCAUUUUCUGAACCUGAGUCUAAGAGAUGGCGGUUUGAAUCGCAAACAUAAGAACAUCUUCUACCGUCUCAGCUCCAAAUUUCGUGGUCACUCGAUUCAGCAAAACCCUGCAUUGUAUGGAAACAAAGAUCAGGGAUUCUUUGGUGAGAACAAUUUUACGAACUCACGAUCGAUGGUACUCGUUGUGAGAAAUGGUCAGCAUUUUGCAUUGCAGGCGGGUCAGGCUCAUGGUGUAUCUGAUGGCGAUGAGUUCGUCCUGUAUCCUUCCAGCGUCCUUGAGAACAACGAGGCUUUUCACACUAAUCUUAUCAAAACAACGGUUGCAAGAGCUGGUCCUUUAACCAGCUUGUUAAACCUGGAUGAAUCGACCGCUGUGAUAACUGAGGAUGACUGGGUUGCUGAACCACAAACGAGGCGAACUCUUGGCAAGUUCCCGGUGUCUUUCAGUGACAGCAUAUCUACUCAAGAUAUCUGGCUAGAAGCGCUGAGAAGAUACGGGAUGAGCCAUGAUGAAGAAAAUGGCUCGACAUCCUGUUUUCACGUCGACGCUAUCCACGACGAGUACAAGCUUCUAACUACAAAUGGUGAAGAAGUGACGAACCUCCCCCCAUUGCCGCAAAACACAACAACCGCAGAUGAUGUCGCUGCAGUCUUAGAGCAUUUAGCUCGAUACGAACUUGUUAAGAACCUUUCGAAUCCCUUUGUAGAAGAAGACUUUCGAACAUCGUUCGACAUAAAUAUUGUACGGGCGGGGGAUCACUUCGGCCCAGACACUCUCGUCAACGUUGAGCAAGAUGCAGGCAAGGCAUCUAUGUUCGAGCUGAAGCUUCAGAACCACGGAACCAAAGAUUUGUACCUGUACAUCCUUGACUUUGGUCCUCUUUGGCAGAUAGAGGAUAUAUAUUGCGGCAGCUACGCUGUGAUUCCUCCAUCCAACAAGAAUGAGAGGUUCAUGACGGGUCAUUUCACAAAGAAGUUCAGAACCAUGGUACCUGAUGAGUUGAGACAGCAGGGCAUUGAAGAGUGUAGUGAUACUCUCAAAGUGUUGGUAACUUCUCAGCCGACAUCCUUUGAUCUGCUGGAGCUUCCCAAGAUUGGGCAUGUUUUAAAGAAGAGAGCACCACUGGAUAAUGAUAGAUCUGGAGGCAGUUCUGUUGAGCAGUGGAUUGCCUUUAGUUUUCCGCUAAGAACUUCUCUGGCAGCAGAGCUAAGAGCCACGAAGACAGGUUAA